UGCAGUGAGGUGCGUUUUUGUGAAAUAUGUUUUAAAAUGAUUAAAUUAUUAGGUUUAUGCUCUGUUGCAAUGAGAUAAACAAGUUGUGUAUAGAUUUUGAUGUGCGGCUGGCUUGAGGACGUACAACGCUGUGGAAGCAUUUCACCGGCUGAAGCAGGGAGUCAACAAUAAGGAUGACUACUAGCAGUGAAGAUGUGUUGCUGCAGAUGGGCGAGGUGCGGUAUAAGAAAGGCGAUGGCACGCUCUACGUGAUGAAUGAGCGUUUGGCCUGGAUGGCGGAGCACCGCGACACCGUAACCGUAUCGCAUCGCUAUGCGGAUAUCAAAACACAGAAGAUCUCGCCUGAGGGCAAGCCCAAAGUGCAGCUGCAGGUUGUGCUGCACGAUGGCAACACGUCCACAUUUCACUUUGUGAAUCGUCAGGGUCAGGCAGCAAUGCUAGCUGAUCGCGACAAGGUUAAGGAGCUGCUGCAGCAGCUGCUGCCCAAUUUCAAGCGCAAGGUAGACAAAGACCUUGAGGACAAAAAUCGCAUACUGGUUGAGAAUCCCAAUCUGCUGCAACUGUACAGGGAUCUAGUAAUCACCAAAGUGCUGACCAGCGAUGAGUUCUGGGCCACGCAUGCCAAGGAUCAUGCGCUGAAGAAAAUGGGAAAAGCUCAGGAAAUAGGUGUGUCUGGUGCCUUUUUGGCGGAUAUUAAGCCACAGACUGAUGGCUGUAAUGGACUCAAAUAUAAUCUAACAUCGGAUGUGAUUCAUUGCAUUUUCAAAACCUAUCCCGCUGUUAAGCGCAAGCAUAUGGAGAAUGUGCCGGCAAAGAUGCCAGAGUCUGAGUUUUGGACAAAGUUUUUUCAGUCACAUUAUUUUCAUCGCGAUCGCCUUACCGCCGGCACCAAGGACAUAUUCACUGAAUGCGGCAAGAUUGAUGAUCAAGCUCUAAAAGCGGCAGUGCAGCAGGGCGCCGGCGAUCCGCUGCUGGACUUGAAGAAGUUUGAGGAUGUGCCGCUAGAGGAAGGCUUCUGCAGCGUGGCAGGCGAUCGCAAUGUGGUCAACAGCGGCAACAUUGUGCAUCAAAAUAUGAUCAAACGCUUCAAUCAGCACUCAAUUAUGGUACUCAAGACCUGUGCCAAUGUGAGCUCAGCGAACGGCAGCAGCAGUGGCAGAAGCGGCAUGGCUAAUGGCCCUUUGGGCAGUGGUAGCAGCAUGCAUCAGAAUGGCGUCAAUGGCAAGUCAGCCAAAGGCCAAAGCAGCGAUAAUAAUAUUGCAGAGCAGGAUGCGCCACAGGCGAAAAAACAGCGUCUUAUGGAAAAGAUACACUACGAGGAUCUUGGCGAUCCGCUUAUCGAUUCAGACGAUGAGGCACAGCAAGUGAGCAACAAGCCGCAUUCGUUUGAGCUCUCCAAAGUGGAGCGCUACCUAAAUGGACCGCUGCAGAAUCAAAUGUACGACACUCAUAGCGAUGACCAGCGCCUGGAUGAGGUGCAAUACAAACUGGUGCGUUGCUCAGAAACCUGGCUGGACCGCAGUGCACAGCGGCAGGUUAUCUGCCCCAAGGCGGCAGUUAAUGCGCUGGGCGAGCUCAGCCCCGCCGGCACGCUUAUGCGUGGCUUUCAGGAGCGAACAGCGCAGCUGGUGCCACCGGAUUUUCAGCGCGAUUUGCGCAAUUUGUACUUGUCACUGUUGGAGUUGCUGAAGCACUUUUGGAAUUGUUUUCCUCCAACCACCGAGGAACUGGAGGCUAAGCUGCAGCGCAUGCAUGAAACACUGCAGCGCUUUAAAAUGGCCAAACUAGUGCCUUUUGAGAAUCGCGCCAUGCAUGAGCUGACGCCACUGCGUUCUUCAUUGACGCAACACAUGAACACGCUGCUGCGCACAGCCAACUCGAAGUAUGCCACUUGGAAGGAGCGCAAGCUGCGCAACAAUAGAUAACAAUCGCAGUCGUAUGCCACAUAUAGCAGCGACGCAGCAAGCCAAUUACUUUAAGCCACUAGAGUUAGACUUAGCUGUAAAACAAAAAGCAAACUAAAGAGCUAUUUGUACUGCAAACUGUUUCGAAC